AUGAGUAGAGGUGAAAGCUCUGGUGGUGGACAGAGCUCUUUGGGUUACCUGUUUGGGUCAGAAGAGCAGCCAAAUCAGCCUUUGCCCUUAAAGACAGUUUCAUUGCCACCAUAUGGCAUUGACAUCGACAAGCCCUCUGAGGGUGGGGGUGCUCCUUCUAACACUCAGACUCAAGCUACCAUCUCAAACAAUCAAUCUCAAGGCCUGCAUUUGGGAAACUUUGUAGCUGAUCGCCCGUCAACAAAAGUCAACUCGGUUCCUGGUGGACAUUCAUCGCUUGGAUACUUGUUUGGGGAUAAGUGA